CCGUCCUGCUGGCUGCUUGUUUCCUGUUUUGCCUUACCAUCUUGCUUGUCCGGUCCCGUGGCUGCACUCCCUUUGGGCUGCUCUUGGACUCUGAUUAGCGUUUCCAUCUGAAGUCGCCUGAGGAGAGCUAGGCUGCAAUGAUUGAGGUGGUAGCCAGCCUCUCUCGCGGACCCGUCUUUCUGGCUGGGGAGACUCUGGAAUGCCUCAUCACAUUCACUAACCCGCUGUCCCACAGGUCCACCUCUGCCAGCAGUGAGAUGCUGGCAUGGGCCAGUGCCCAGAUUCACUGCCAGUUUCAUGCCAGUGAGAAUCGAGUGAUGCUACCCUCAGAAACUCCCAAGCAAGACGUGCAGGCAGAGAAUGAGACUGUUCUUGUACCCAACCGAGGUGAACGUGGACAGUGCUUUCUUGCCACUCCUCCAAAAAUCCUUUUCUGUGAUCUACGGCUGGACCCCGGGGAAUCCAAAUCAUAUUCCUACCGAGAAACUGUACCAGUUGAGGGGCCCCCGUCCUUCCGGGGCCAGUCAGUGAAGUAUGUCUAUAAGUUAACUAUUGGCUGCCAGAGGGUUAAUUCUCCAAUCAAACUUCUACGUGUCCCCUUCCGGGUUUUGGUGGUGCACGGUGUGGAAGAUACUCAGUUUCAUCAUGAUGAAGCAGUAGCACCUUCAAAUCCUUUUUUGGAGGAGGAAGAAGGAACCAAGAAGGACUCCCGUCUGGUGGAGCUUGCCACCGAAAUGCUGAUGAUGGCCACAUCCCGCAGGAGUCAACAUCUGUUCAACAUCACCAAUGCCCGGGGAAAAGUGGGAAAAUUCUGUAUCUUUAAAACAAUAUAUAGAAUUGGAGAAGAUAUUGUGGGGACCUUUGACUUCUCUGAAGGAGAUAUUCCUUGUCUGCAGUUUUCAGUCAGUCUACAGAGUGAAGAGCAUGUCCUUGAAAAGUACCAGCGACGCCCCAAUCAACCAGCUUCUCUCACUGCUCAUGCUCGACAUCAGGAGUCCUGUCUUCACACUGCAUCCACACAUUUCUGCCUUCCAAUACCACUGAGUGCUACACCAGGAUUCAGCACUGACAUUGUGGCCCUACGAUGGCGUCUUCACUUUGAGUUUGUCACUGCUGGAGAGCCCAUGGAGCCGCCCACAGUCCCUGAAAACCAGUCAGAGAUCAUCACCUGGACGGGGGCUGAGCAGAUCAAUGUGGAUACCUUCAGCUGGGACCUGCCCAUCAAGGUCCUGCCCACCAAUCCCGUGUUGGCCUCCUAUGUCGCUCAGUUUUCUGGGGCCAACUCGAUAAUGAUUUGAGUAUGGUGGGCCACACAGAGAGGUACAGUGGGUGAUAUAAGGCCUGUAUGAUAUAUGGAUGUAACUUCCUCUGCUCUACUGUGUAUAUUUUGUAUAUUUAUAUUCUGUAUAGUUAAAUAUAUAUUUAUAUUUUGUUACUCUAUCAUCUUUGGUCCUGAACAUGCAUUUCCUUAAAAAGCGCACCCUGCCUCAGAAGACAGCAAUUUGUUUAGAAGUUUGCGCUUCUGAGCAUAGUGGCCCACACAUGUUGUAUACAAGGAGACCUGCUCUCUUGAAGGGAGCAUGGCUGCUUAUUGCUGGGUGGAAGUGUGUUUCUGGUUACCUUGCAGUAUUUGGUCACUUAAAUAAAACUAGCCCAUUCAUUA